UCAAGAUAUAGUCAAUAUUGACAUUGUUUGCAUUCUACUGACCGCAGACUCGCUCAAUUACUGUAUUGUUGAACCAUUCACAUAUUAUUCUGGCUUGUCGAGUCCUCUGUGGUGCAACACUGCCGUAGCAGUGGCAUAUAUUGACUUGGCCACCGUUCUUAUGAGGACAGGCCUUUGCAAGUCAACAAAUGCCCAGAUCAGCCGAUCACUGAAUUGCAUUAUUUUUCUGGGCCCUGUUCCUCAAGACUCAACUCGUUCAGCGAGCUUAUACCUCUAUCUCUAUGCUCUUUCAUCUUCUUUUUCAUUCGUCGCGGGUUGUGGUUGGUUGAUAUCCAUUAUCCUCAACCACUAUUGACCAAGCCUGGAAACAACUGCGCAACUCGUUUGUGUGGGCACCAAAAUUUCCAUCUCUCCAUAACUCGAGGACUUAUUGGAUUCGACCGUGAAUCACAGUCAAAAUUUACUAUAUUCUUUUCCGCCUCUUUUCAUCUUCACCCCAACUUCUUCACAUUCACACUUCGCAUUGCAGUUCUAUAUUAUAUGCGUUUUCACCCAUCUCAAUCACAUCUUCGUUGCUCUUUAAUUCUAGCAAACAAUCUACUGUUGAUUCCUUGAUCAAGACACGUUCCCCCGAAGCCAUGGCACCCGCAAAUGCCAAAGCCAACUACAAAACCUACGAGGCUCAGGCCCGUAUGGUUCGCGCCAUCGUAGCCGCUCAUCCCGACGUCAAGUGGAACUACAAGGAAAUCGCCGCUUGUUACGGCUCUGACAUGACGGACCAUGCGCUGAAUCAUCGAUUCCGCAAGGUUCGGGCAACUGUCAGCAUCAUCCAUGCGGCCCGUGAGCAAGGGCUUGAUGUCAAGGAUUUGACUACCGACGAAAACCUCCUCCCUACCACACAGGGAGCUAUUGACAAGAACAAUAUCGCCAAAUACUUUGGCCAAUCUACCGCAGAUGGCAUCCAGUUUCAGUUUCGGACCAUCAAGAAAGACGCCGAGGCUCUUCGUUAUGCCGCUAACAAUGGCGGCGAUGUCGCCAACUGCCUCAGCCUUGGGACCGCGUCCGGGCUGCCCAACACUCCGUCCAAACCGACUCCCUCGCGCCAGCCUGGAAGUCGAUCCGGCAAGGGAUCAAAACGCAAGACUUCUUUUACCCCCUUGAAUCCCAUCAAGCGUUCUGGCUCAGAAGAUGAAGACGACGAUGAGCUCAACUUUGAUGACAUGGAUCAUACUCCCUCAAAGAAAGUCAAGACAACUGGCCGUACUCCUCGUGGCCCUACACCCUCUCGUACAGCUGCCAGGAAGGCCGCUGCUACUAUCGCCGACGCUUCUGCGCAGUACAAUGACAGCGAGUCUCCGUACGAGGAUGCCCCUACUCCAACCCCAGGUCUUACUUCGGCUCCUGUCGGUUUCACUGCUGCAGCGCUCCCUUCUUCUGCGCCUGUUGCUCCAACCUCCAUCUUUGGCAACGUAGAGCGUAAGCCUCAGCCGCCCAUGGCCAGAAAUUCUGGUCUCGACAUGAUCAACUCAGUUGGCUUUGGAUAUCCCGACAUCUUCUCAGCCGCGGCAACCCAUCGUGCUCCACCUCCCGAUGACUCGUCCUACAUGGAAUGGGGUGACGGAGAGAUCUGAACCCUCGAUCUCGAAUCGCGAUCUCUGACUUGAGCAUUAGCUGAUGCCGUUGACAAAGGUUCACGGAUACAGUACCAAAAUAUGGAUGAAAGCUCUACAGAGUGUACUAAACAACAUACCACAAAAGCACGAAUGCGGAACCGGUUCUUUUUGUUGGCGACAUAUGGCUCGAUCGGCUUUUACUGCCUUGAUGUCGGUAUUUUGAUCAUAUUUCAUGCCCUGGCCCUUGUUUUCCCAGCACAGAUACCCCCUUUUCCCGCAACUCAAAAGCAUUCAGUUCUUUCCUUUGACACCAGGCAUUCGGCAUACUUCAUAGCGUCUUAGCCGGCCACUUAGUAAGGGUUCAUUUGGGCAUGAAUAGUAUGGGGCGUGUAUGAAUUCUAGCUAGCUAUUGUGCUCACUUCAAUAAACAACGCGAGUCUUCAA